AAAUCUAUGCGGACAUGGAAAUAUUCUAAUGGAGAAGACAGCACAGCAACACAGCCUUCUCUCUCUCUCUCUCUCUCUAUCUCUCUCUCUCUCUCGUUAAUCGAUCUUCCCCUUUUGUGUAAAACUUCGCAUUUAAUAUGCGAAAUCGACGAUGAAGUUGUAGUUUAGGCAUUGGCGUGUCUAACGAUUUGAAACUAUUUUAAUCGGUAUUCGCAAACUAGUUUAACUAUAAAUCCCCACCAACUUGGGGGCUGCGAUCAUUUGCAAACCCUUUUAAUAUGCAAUAUAAUCUUCACCUCUCUGCGACUUGAUGGCUUGGCCGUUUGUUCUAUUUAUUUCUCACACUAUUUUUGUAUCCCUGUAUGUAUUCAUCCUUCUCUCUCCUCUUUUUUGCUCGAAAAUAUUAUAGGGUUUGUGCAGAAAUACCUCAAAUAUGGUUUCAUGAAACCCUGACGACCCAUUUAAAACCCUAGAGAGUUGUGAACAGUGAUCAAUUUUACUUCUUUUUCAAUGCUGCUUCUCUAACCGUCCUUUUUGACUUCUCUGCUGCUUCGUUUAUCAGGAGGUUUCGAUGCAUAAUAACUCGACUGUUGGGAGACUGAUCUGAAGAUUUUGAAAAAGUUGCUUUCUUUUUCUCAUCUGGGUGAAUGAUUUUGUUUCCAAGAGUGUUUGACGGUGUUUGACCGAUGUCUGGACGAAAAGAAAAAGAAACUGAAGAAGGGGAGGGGGGAUUGGGUUAUGAUGGGGAUUCUAGUGAUGGAUUUUGCACCAGUGUUGGUAGUCCUCCAUCAAAAAGGAUUUAUGUGACUGAUGGUACAUCAUGUAAAAAUGGGCUCGGGCAUACACUCAGUGAAGGAGGUGCAGAGGGCCCAUCCCUUGUAGAACCUCAGGAUGCAGAUUACUCUUACAAUAUUCCCUCUCUCAGUUACGAGCUAGAGGGUCUGAUAUUGGCUAGGUUUCCUAGAUCAGAAUAUCGGAAGUUAUGCUUCGUUAACAAAAGAUAUCUAACUCUUUUGAAGAGUGGUGAGCUAUUUAACAUUAGGAGAGAUAUUGGCUUUAAAGAACCCUCUGUUUUCAUGUUGGCAAGUGGAGAGAGUAGUUGGUGGUCAUUCGAUCGCAAGUUUAAGUCGCGGAUGAAGCUUCCAGUUUUACCAUCAGAUUUUUGUUUCACAUCUGGGGAUAAAGAGUCACUUUGUGCAGGGACCCAUUUGCUUGUUUCAGGCAAGGAGAUUGAUGGUCUCGUCAUUUGGAGAUAUGAGUUGGCAAUGAACAGAUGGUACAAGGGUCCAUCUAUGAUCAAUCCAAGGUGUUUGUUUGCAUCUGCCACUUGCGGUACCUCUGCUUUUGUGGCCGGUGGAAUUGGUAUUGGAGCAAAGACAGGAAUCUAUGAUACUGCUGAGAAAUAUAAUCCAGACACUAGAUCAUGGGAUCCACUUCCGAGGAUGAAACUAAGGAGAAAGCUUUGCUCAGGGUGCUGCAUGGAUAAUAAGUUCUAUGUGAUUGGAGGGCGAAACGAGGAUGGAGAACUCACUUGUGGGGAAUUUUUCGACGAGGCAAACAACAGAUGGGAGCUGAUCCCAGGCAUGUUAAAGGACGAUCCAGUUUUAAGUUCUAACUCCCCACCUCUGGUUGCCGUUGUGAAUAAUGAGCUGUACUCACUUGAAACUUCUUCCAACCAGCUGAAGGUGUACUUAAAGAAAAGCAAUGCUUGGAAGCAGUUAGGGCCGGUCCCUGUAAGAGCGGAUUUCAACAGAGGUUGGGGUGUCGCAUUCAAGUCGCUAGGAAAUGAGCUGCUUGUAAUAGGUGCAUCAUCGGGUUUUUGUGCUGAUAAUUGCCUGGCUAUGUACACAUGCUGCCCAGAUCCUGAUGCCAUGGAACUGCAGUGGAGAGCUCUUGACAGUGGCAGAAAUCAGCUUAGUCACUUCAUUCUAAAUUGUUCUGUUAUGGUAGCUUGAACUAGAACUCAUGAGGAGUCUCCGCAAAGUUGUGUGAUAACAACAAGAGUA